AUGGCAGCAACAGGGCAAGCAUUCCGACUCUGCGUCCGCAGCAGUCGUCGGAUACCAUCGACGCCGCGCAUCGCCGCAGCCCGCACGACGACGACGGCGACGACGACCCAGAGACGAGCCUUUACCGCCAGCACCACGCAACAGGCACGGAAAGAACGCGAAGAAAUCUAUGAAGAUCCGUACGACCGCAAGCGCGAGACCGUCGAGGAGCUGGUGGCGCGCCUCAAGCCCGAGGAGGUGAAGAAGCUCGAGAGGCUCCAGAAGCAAGACCCCGAGUUCCAGUCCAUGUCAGUGGCCGAGUCCUUGAAGGCGCGGAUUGCGAAGCAGGGGCCGCUCCCGCCGUUGAGAUCGACGAAGUCGCCGAGGCAGCAGGUACAAAGGAAUUCGUUCUGGUACGAUGACGAUGACCCGACGGCGCCGAUAGAUCCCGCGUUGGAGGAGUUUGAGGAGGACGACAUCACGCCCAUGGCGCACGGGAAGCUGGAUGAGAUUCGCGAGUACAGACAUUACCACCGCAUCAUGGCGUGGGAGAUGCCGCUGCUGUCCAAGCUCGCCAAGCCUUUCGAACCGCCCAAAGAGGACGAGGUGUUGCGCUUCCGGUACACUUCGUACAUGGGCGAGCACCACCCGGCGGAGAAGAAGGUGGUUGUGCAGUUCUCGCCGGCCGACCUGGGGCUCACCGACGUGCAGGCGGACAAGCUCCGCAAGCUUGUCGGGCCGCGGUACAACCCUGAGACGGACGUGGUCAAGAUGAGCUCGGAGAAGUACGAGCAUCAGGCACAGAACAAGCGCUACCUCUCCAACUUGGUGGACGACCUGAUUGCCAGCGCCAAGGACCCCAAGGAUGAUUUCAAGGACAUCCCCCUCGACACACGGCACCACGUCUUCAAGAACAAGCCCAAGUUUCCCAAGGAGUGGCGCAUGAACGAGGAGCGCCGCAAGGAGCUCGACGAUUUCCGCCUGCGGGCGCUCGAGAUCGACGCCGGCAAGCUGGAGGAAGGACAGGUCAUCGACGGCACGGAGAAGAUUGAGCAGUUCCUCGCGGCGCCGCCGCCCGAGACGGAGGGCAAGGUGGCCGAGAUGGUGGCUGUCCGGGGCCGGGGCGGUAACAAGCAAAAGGGUCUCGGCCGUCGGUAG